CUUGAAUAUUGAUAACAGUUUAAUUCCUCAUUAAUUAAUCAACAGAACUCUCACAGAAUCAGUAUGAAAUAAUCUUCGUAGACAGUGAAAACACAAAAAAACGCUCUUGAAACAAAUUCACUGGAAAUAAUUCCAGACUAAUAAAAUAAGCAUGAAUAAUUACUUCAAAAUAUCUAUUUUUAUGAUAUUGAUCUGCAUAGCUGUUACAACUGUUCUAAGCUUGCCGUUAAAUAAUGAUGAAUUAGAAAUUAAACACAAACGUAAUAGUUUUAUAGAAAGGUGGUUAAAAGGAACUACUUUACCGCCUCCCACGACAACACCAAAACCAAUAUUGCCAAAUAAUAUUGAACUAGGAAAAUGUGAGGAUGACGAUAAGCUAAUAUACGUUGAUGAUACUCGACUCGAAUCAAACAAUUCAACACUUAGCGGCGUUAUAGAAGUUUAUCUUGAUUCACCUUACUCGAUUACAUGCAUAAAAUUAUUUGAUCAAUUGCCUGCGGGAAGUGGAGCAGUGCCGACAUAUAAUUCUGGAGGACAGGGCUUUAAAUUUGUUAAAAUUGACGUUAAUGGUAAAUAUGGACAUGGAAUUCACUUUAAAAUUUUUGUAUGGGGAAAAUUGGAUAAGAAAGAUGAUGAAAGUGAAAACGCUAUUAAGUGAGAAAAAUUGGCACAAAUAUGGCAUUAAAAGAAAUUGAUGAGUAAAUUAAGUACAUCAUUAUUUAAGCAUCCAUUUAGAAUUGCUGACGAAUUUUAAUAAUGAAUAA